AGAGGACUUGGCAGUCUACCUAUUAUUAUGAUCACUCCCCACUUUUACCCAAAUUCAAAUGCUCUUCUGUUCACUGUUUUUUUCACUCCAACCCUCCUUGCCCCUGUGUCCACACCUCAUUUUCUUCCUCCUCCUCCUCCUCCUCCUUACUUCUUUAAACUCUGCCCCUUUCCCCUCGUUUUGAGCUCCAAAUCUCCACUUUAUUCGUUCAUUCAUCUUCUGGGUAUUCCCCAUUUUCCCUAUAUUUCUUCCCUUUCUCUUGGUUUUUCUCUGAUUCUUUACAGAUUAUGAUUUUUGUUUAUUGGGGUUUCGUUUUCUGACUUACCCACAUAGAGUUCUUCUUGUUUCCUUAAGAUUUGUGUAUGUUGAAUUUUGAUCCACCUUUGUCUGCCACUAAUUUCUGUUCUUGACUGUUCCACUCACUAUCUUUAUCCGCGAACUUUGGAGCUGGAACUCAAUGUUUUCAUCAAUGAAUCCUGUACGAUUUUCCAGUUUGGGCUUCCUUCUAUACUUUGCCCUUCUUCUUCAACAUCAUUCCCUCUGUUCCUCUUAUCCCAUGCCCUUAAAUUGUACGGAUACGACCCGUUUAUGCACCUCGUUUCUGGCCUUUGAGCCUCGCCCAAAUCAGACCCUUUCUGUGAUCCAGAGUAUGUUCGACGUAUUGCCUGAAGAUGUUACUGUCGAAGGAAAUGGUCGGGAUUACGUGUUUAUCAGGAAGAACUGCUCCUGUGCUUCUGGGUUGAAGAAAUAUAUAACCAACACAACUCUUACCAUCAAAUCCAAUCGAGGGUAUGUCUAUGACAUAGUCAUGGAAGCGUAUGAUGGGCUUGCGUUGUUGCCCAAUACAACCCGAAUGGCGAGGAACGGUGCUGUUGUGUCUUUGAGGCUGUUUUGUGCCUGUUCAAGUGGGUUGUGGAACUAUUUGAUGAGCUAUGUGAUGAGAGAUGGCGAUACCAUAGAGUCUUUAGCUAGCCGAUUUGGGGUUAGUAUGGAUAGCAUUGAGUCGGUGAAUGGAAUUGAAAAUCCAGGCAAUGUCACUGUGGGUGCUUUGUAUUAUAUUCCCUUGAAUUCGGUUCCUGGCGAUCCUUAUCCAUUGGAGACAGACAUUUCUGCUGCUCCUGCUCCAGCUCCUUCCUUUACUCUGAACAAUUUCACAGAUAAUGCUGAAACCCCCAAACGUGAUCCUCCAUAUAUAUGGAUUGUUGGAAGUUUGGGAAUUAUUCUUGUUCUGAUUUUAGUUGGCAUAGUAAGUUAUGCUUGCUUCAGGUGGUUGAAAUGCUUUUCUAGAUCAAGGAGUAGCCACUCCAAAGAUCCCGGUGGCAAGGUUCCCCACAAGUUCCAUAUUCUUGGCAAGUCAAGUUUCUGCUGUGCUUCAGGAAGGUACAUUUGCUGCAGUUCUGCAGCUUGGAAGCAAGCCAACGGGGAGUCUAGUGACAACCAGAGUGCAUUUCCGAAAGUUAUCGAGAGCAAUGUAUUUGACGUAGACAAACCUGUGGUUUUUUCAUACGAAGAAAUUUUUUCCUCAACCGAUGGUUUCUCUGAUUCGAGUCUACUUGGCCAUGGAACUUAUGGUUCAGUGUAUUAUGGUAUCCUGCGUGAUCAGGAAGUUGCUAUAAAAAGAAUGACUGCAACAAAAACUAAAGAGUUCAUGGCAGAGAUGAAAGUCCUGUGCAAGGUUCAUCAUGCAAACCUGGUAGAAUUGAUUGGUUAUGCAGCCAGUGAGGAGGAGCUCUUCCUUAUUUAUGAAUAUGCUCAAAAAGGUCCCCUCAAAAGUCAUUUACAUGAUCCUUUGAACAAGGGGCAUACGCCACUAUCUUGGAUUAUGAGACUCCAAAUUACUUUAGAUGCUGCUAGAGGUCUCGAAUACAUUCACGAGCAUACUAAAACUCAUUACGUCCACAGAGAUAUCAAGACAAGCAACAUCUUACUUGAUGGUUCUUUUAGAGCAAAGAUUUCUGACUUUGGGUUGGCCAAACUUGUUGGAAAAACAAAUGAGGGUGAAGCUACUGUAACGAAAGUUGUCGGUACAUACGGUUACCUGGCUCCUGAAUAUUUGAGUAAUGGGCUUGCGACAACGAAAAGUGAUGUGUAUGCUUUCGGUGUCGUUCUUUUUGAGCUUAUAUCUGGAAAGGAGGCAAUUAUACGAACUGAGGGAACAACUAUGAGAAAUCCUGAAAGACGUUCACUAGCAUCAGUUAUGUUAGCUGUUCUUCGGAACGCUCCUGAUUCUAUGAAUAUGGCAAGUUUGAAAGAUCAAGUUGAUCCAAGUAUGAUGGAUUUGUAUCCUCAUGACUGUCUAUUCAAGGUGGCCAUGUUGGCAAAGCAGUGUGUGGAUGAGGAUCCCAUCUUACGACCCGACAUGAAGCAAGUCGUAAUAUCCUUGUCGCAGAUCCUACUGUCUUCGGUCGAAUGGGAAGCGACUCUAGCUGGUAACAGCCAAGUUUUUAGUGGCCUAGUCCAAGGAAGAUAGUUUUGAAACUACAUCAGCUCAACCCACCAUCCUGAUUCAUCUUCCCUAAAUUGUAUAGCAGAAGUGGUAGCAGCAGCCCAUCGGUAGAGUCAUCGUCUUCUAAGCGAUAACCGUUCGAUAUUAUUGUGAUAUCAAAUUUUGGCAUCCGCUGCUACCUAUUCCCGGGAUGGGGUUAAGAUAGAGCUUUCUGAGCUUUUUUCCCUAGUCCUAAGUAAAGAACAGUUAUGUUGAAUAAUCUACCUCUGGCUUUCUAAAGGUUAUGGGUAUUCGAGGUUUCUCGGACAUACCGAAAAAGAGUGUAUCGAAACAUGGGUGUCGGGGAUCUAGUCUUGUACAUCACAUAAAAUUCUGUCUACAAACUUGAAA